AUGGGCUCUCAUCAAACACGUUGCAUCAAGACACCAUUCAAGGAAUGUUGUGUCGAUAUCCCAUUAGCCGUGGCAAAGGGCUUUGAGUCUUCAGAGACCUUGAGCGCUGUGGCAUCAUGGCAGAGGGCCCGUGAGAAUUGCCAGCGUGAGAUUCAAGAGAUCAUCGACCGAUGCAAGAGUGAAGGCACGCAAUUCAUCGAUGACUCCUUCAACCCGUUGGAAAAUGAAUCAAAGGUGUUGUAUGUGGACAAGAAAAAACCCGGCUAUGAUUGCACGGUAGACAAGCCACAUGGCUGGAAAAGACCAGCAGAUCUAUACCAUUGGACAAAAGAAGGUUCUGUUGUCGUGCAGGAUGGUGCUCAGUGGUCAGAUGUCAAGCAGGGCUCCAUCGGGGACUGUUUUGCCGUCGCAGCCUUCGCAGCGAUGGCAGCCUGCCGGAAGUCUUUCUUGCGGCAGGCUUUGGUCGCAUAUGACAUGGAGGUCGGUGUUUAUGGUGUGAUGUUCUGCGAGGAGAUGCAUUUCACCUAUGAGAUUUUGGAUACUCUGUUUGGAGUAAAAGAGAGCGGCACCCUGGCAUAUGCGAGGUCUCCUAACUGCAGAGAUGAGCUUUGGGUAUCAAUGAUUGAAAAGGCCUAUUUCAAACACAUGACGUGCCUCGAGAUGUGUGAUGGAGGAACAAGUGCAGAGACCGUUUUCUCCUUCCUUGGCGGUGUGUGGGGAGUCUAUCCAAUCACAGAUACAGAUUUUAGCCAUCCAAGCAGGUAUUGGAAGAAAAUCAACACAGGACUUGAGAAUGGUGAGAUUAUGUCGAGCGGGUUCCAUAAGCCCAGCAAGGGGAAGUACGCACAUGGAGAGAGCGGACCAGAUGGCCAGUGUGGUGAGCAUGGUGCUGGAAUGGGCCUCGUAGAAGGUCACGCCUACUCGGUGCUGCGAUCAGGCGAAGUAGACGGUCACAAGUUGAUUUGCUUUCGAAAUCCCUGGGCAAAAAGAGAAUGGACAGGGCCCUGGUCUGAUGACUCAAGUAAGUGGACCGAUGAGCGGAGAGAGAAGUUGGGUCACCAGAAAUCGAACGACGGCGCCUUUUGGAUGGAAGAUGAGGAUUGCGUUCACGUCCUGAAAAGGAUCCGCUUCAACCGGACUUUUGGGCCAACUUGGCAGUGCUGUGCUCAGUAUGGACAUUUUGGCAAAGCGCCACCCUACACGGCAAUGGCCAAGAAUAGCUACCGUGCCUGUGAGGAUGAUGAGAUCAGUUUCAAGCGCGGAGAUGUCAUUGAGGUCACAAAAGUUACGGGAGAGACAUGGCUCGUGGGAGUUCACAAGGAAACAGGGAAUAAGGGAUACUUCCGAAAGAAGGAUGUGGAUCUGAGAUGUGAAGAUACCUUCAAGUACGAGCUUACGGUAUCCAAUGUCUCCCCAGAUGCUCGCAUCAUUGUCGGCGUGUUUCGCCAGAACCAGAAGAAGAUGAGGGAGUGGUACAAGCGCAGGGAUGGCAUGCACUACAAAGAUACCGACUAUCCGACGGCAUACUUGCACAUCUAUGACGCAUCCGGCAAAAGGCUUGUCAAGCACAAACUUACGGACGACGACCGAUGUGGAUGGAAAUACUUGAAACCUUCAAGGGGGCCUUUCACCAUGUACAUCGCUUGCAAAUCCACCCAACACAAGCGCUUUGCCCUCUAUGCAUUUGCUCCUCAUGGGCAAUUGCGGUGGAAGCAGCUCGAGUGCGACCGUGGGAUCUUUGCGUCGGAGGUGGGAGGAGCAGGAGGCGCGGUGGACGAAAUUCGAGAGUUUAUCUAUGAUCAAACCCACACCGUCCUCAAUGAGUACUUCCACCUGGGCAAGGAGCUUUUGAGUGGAAAUCCCGAAAUUGCUGGAAAAAUCAUGGCAGUGGCCUCUACCGUUGGAGAGAUCAUCGACGCUGAGGGAAUCCGUGAUGUAGCUGAAGAUGCGGCCGAUCAGGUCAGGACAUUGAUGAAUUCUGACGAAGUUCAAAACGUGACAAGUCAGGUUGGUGAUCAGGCUCAGGAGCUUGCCAAUCAGGUUGGCAACUUGAUGAACAGGGCUUCCUCGUGGUUUGGUUGAAUGAAACGCAUGGACCGAGACGUUCUUAAUUACAAUUAUGCAUUUAUGUCCAGUUUCCAAAGGAAAUUGUGAGCGUAUCACCUUAUGUUUUCGUUUUCGCUGAUCACGGGCAAGAAAGCUCGAUUCAGAAAAGCGCAAGCCGAGCAAAA